GUUCUCAGGUCAUCACCACAGUGAGUCUGAACGCAACGCAGGACUCAGACGAAUCCGCUCAAGAAUCAACAGACUCAAUGGCGACUGAACCACCAAAGACAGACAAGCUAGAAGUUGACCUCCACGUCAAAUACAUUCAAUCGCUAAACACGAAAAAGGAUGAUCUAGAAUACUGGCUCACCGAGCACUUGCGCCUACAAGGAAUAUACUGGGGCAUAACAGCUCUGGAUCUCAUGAAGCACGUCGACGCCUUGCCACGAGAGGAAGUUAUUAAAUAUGUUUGCGACUGCCAACAUGAGAGUGGUGGAUUCGGUGGACAUAUUGGUCAUGACCCACAUAUUCAAAACACUUUGCCUGCUAUUCAAGUUUUAGCUACCCUGAACGCACUGGACGCCAUCGAUGCCGACAAAGUCGUAAAAUAUGUUGCCAGCUUACAGAAUGAGGAUGGAUCCUUCCAAGGAGACCAAUGGGGAGAAGUUGACACCAGAUUCUGUUACAUUGCGCUCUCUAUUUGCUCCCUGUUGAAGCGACUGGACGAUAUCAACGUUAAAAAAUGUGUGGAAUGGAUAGUAAAGUGCCGAAAUUACGACGGAGGAUUUGGCAAUCAGCCCGGUGGUGAAAGUCAUUCUGCUCAGAUUUUUACUUGCGUCAACGCUCUCGCCAUUGCUGGAGCCCUGCAUCAUGUAGAUAGAGAUCUGUUGGGCUGGUGGCUGUGCGAAAGACAAUUAAAGAAUGGAGGACUGAAUGGUAGACCAGAAAAACUGGAAGAUGUUUGCUACUCCUGGUGGGUGCUAUCAUCGCUGGCAACGAUAGAUCGCAUGGAUUGGAUUAAUCCUGAAAAAUUAACGGAAUUCAUCCUCUCAGCCCAGGAUCUUGAGGAUGGUGGUAUUUCAGAUCGUCCGGGCGAUAUGGUGGAUGUCUUUCAUACACAUUUUGGAAUCGCUGGUUUAGCGCUGUUGAAGUACGAUGGACUUAGAAGCAUCGAUCCUGUCUACUGCAUGCCACAACAUGUCAUUGAUUCUCUAGGCUUACCAAGACUACAUCAACACAACGAUAAAAUGGAAAGCGGCGUUUAGGAUUGUCAAAACAACUACAGUAGCAGAAAUAAAAUACCAAUAGUCUAUUCUUCAUA